AUACGACCAGUAUUUCAAGAUACGGUCCGUAUCCCAAAAAUACGGUCCUUAUAAAAUAAAUUCAGAACAAAACUUGUCGAAACGUAUUCUCUUCAAUUCACUUAUUCUCUAAUCCUUCCAUAACUUACCAAUCAUGAACUUAAGCCCUUAUAAACAUAAGAUAGGCAUGUCCCACCUCGUAUAACCUCGGAGACAGCCCCGGUGUCCAAGACUAGAGAAACUAGCGUACGACGAAUCUCAACAUAUAAAACUACGAGGUGUAACAGGUUCUAUCCCAAAUUUUUGCUAUUUAUGUUCAAACUUUGUCUCGGCAUCAAAUAAACUUGAAUUCUGCUUGUAUGCAAUUUCUGGUGCUGAACUUUCUUUGGGAAAAGAACCUCGCUUAUGGACUGUACAUAGCUGUAGGAAAGGAACAUGAUGCACGACUGGAAUUAAAAUGGUCAAGUUCACAAAAAUGGUUACAAGUCAGUUAGGAAGUUGAAAAGCAGUUAGCAGUCCAUAAGUUAGUUAGCAGUUAGUUAACACUGUUCCCAAUAAUCAGUUAGUUGACUGUACUCAGCAAUUGUAGUCAAUAGUUUGAUUGUAUUGCUUAUAUGCUCAUUGUAAGUAUACAUUUGGAUUCAUUCAUGAUAAUAAUACAAGUUACUUUUCUUCUCUCUAAAAUCUAUUUUCUCUUUUAGCUUAAUUCUCGGUUAAACCCUGAACAAGCAGUCAUCUUCUUUGAGCUACCAGCUCCUAGACUAACAAAUUCCAUUCGAGAUCAUUCUUGUGCAUCCAUUGGUAUUAGAGAUUCCGAUUCUCGGCUCAAAUCAUGGCUCGGGACAGGAAUCAGGACAAAUCUUCAGAUGAUGUUGAGGGUAAACUGUCUCUAAUCCAAGAACAGUUACAAAAACUAAUGGAAGGAAUGGUUAACAUGAACAAUAGAAAUGUUCAGAGUGAUAAAGAAUUACUGGAGAUCAAACAAGCUAUUGGUGGUAUGAAAAUGAAGGAAAAGGAGGUUGAACCUUGCAGGGAAGAAUCUUCAUUGGGUGGAGACUGUUCAAGACCAGUAAAUAUUGGUAAAGAAUUCCACAAUGGAGCAUCACAUGGUAAUUUCUUUACUCGAUAUUCUAGGUUAGAAUUUCCUAGAUUUUCUGGGCAAUACUUAAGAAUAUGGUUGUAUAAGGUAGAUCAUUUUUUUACUAUGGAUGAAGUUCCUUAUGAUCAAAGGGUAAAGGUUACCUCUGUUCACUUAGAUGGUGAAGCUAUAGCAUGGCAUAGAUCCUUCAUUAAGUCCAGGAACACUAUUUCAGAUCCUUCUUGGACCGAAUAUGUUCUUGCUUUGAAUGAAAGGUUUGGGGAUGGAUUUGAAGAUCCAAUGGAAGCUAUUAAAAAUCUUCAACAAAUUGGUAGUGUAAGAGACUACCAAGCUGAAUUUGACAGAUUAUUAACUGGGGUUAAUUUGUCAAAUGAGAAUGCCAUCAGCUAUUUUUUAGGGGGAUUAAAACCUGAACUAAAUAAGUCUAUCAGAAUUCAAGCACUAAAAUCCUUGUUACAAGCCUUUAAAACUGCUAGACUUCAAGAAGAAGUUUUUGAAGCCCAAGCAGUAUCCUGGGGGAUUAAACCUUAUACUAAAAACCAGAAUCCUAUCAUGCCCAAUCCUUCAAUUCCUAAAUACCCAAAUUUCUAGAAAAUCAAUCCACCUAACCCUUCUUUUAAGAAACCUUUUGAACCUCCUAUGAAUAGACCUAACAGAUUUCCAAAUGCUAACCAUGGAAGGAAACUUUUAACUAUUCCUAAGAUGGAUGAAAAGAGAGCUAAGGGAUUGUGCUUCCUUUGUGAUGAAAAGUUUACACAUGGUCACAUAUGUAAGGCCAAGAAACAGUUAUUCUUGGUAGAGGUGUGUGAUGACAGUGAAAUCCAAGGUGAACUAUUUGAAGGUGAAGAAUUUGUGCAGAUUCAAGAAGGAAUUGAUAAUAGAAACACUGAUGAGUGCAUGACCAUUUCCUUACAGGCUUUUACUGGUGUCAUAGGUUAUCAGACUAUUGACUGGAUAUCAUGAGAAGAGACCAUUGCAGGUGUUGAUUGAUACAAGAAGCACCCACAAUUUCAUUGACGAAAAUGUAGCAAGGAAGUUGGGAUGCAAAUUCAGUUCUAUUAUAGAACAAUCUGUCAGUGUGGCUGAUGGAAGGAGAGUGCAAACUGCUGCUGUAUGUAAAAACCUUCAAUGGUUGCUACAGGGAACCACAUUUUCUUCUGUUUUCCUUCUCUUGCCCUUGCGAAAUAUUGAUAUAGUAUUAGGUGUGCAAUGGUUGAACACACUAGGCAGAAUUCUAUUUGAUUUCCAAAAUAGAACCAUUGAGUUUGUACAUCAAGGCAAGAAACAUGUUUUGAGAGGGGCAACUACACAAAUCAAAACUACUAAAGCUAAAGCAUUGAACAAGAAGACUGAUAAGCAAGUUCAGGUUUUCAUGAUGACUUUGAUCUCAGCUGCAAAUUCACACAUGCAGUGCAACAACAUCCAAGUUGCACGAGGUUCCUUCUAUUUUAGCUCCUUUGUUGGAACAAUACAAGUGUAUCUUUGAAGUUCCUACUAAACUACCUCCACAUAAAGGACCUUUUGAUCAUAGGAUACCACUUAUUGACUCAGCUGUUCUAGUUAGUAAAAGGCCAUAUAGGUAUCCUGGGGUUAAGAAGGACAUUAUUGAGAAACUAGUACAC